AUGAGUGGAGCCGAAGUUGCCGGGCUCCUCCUGGCCGUGAUGCCACUGUUCAUCUCAGCCCUCGAAGACUACAAUGACGGCCUAGAUCCCGUCAAGGCCUUCCUAAGAUGGGAACGAGAACUCCCCCAAUUCAUUCGGAAGCUCCGAAAUCAGCAUGUCCACUACGAGCAGACCUUACGCCUGCUACUCGCCCCAAUAACGACAGAAUUCGACCUCGCGGAAAUGAUUGCGGAUCCAAAUGGCGAGCUGUGGAAGGAGGAGUCGAUGGCGGAAAAGCUGCAGGAGAAGCUUGCGGAGUCGUAUAAGGCGUACCAAAGCACUAUUCAGGAUAUUGAGAGAAUCAUGAAGAAGAUUGCGAGCAAGUUGGAUCUAGAACGGGCGAGUAAUCUUACCCGGAAUGAACUCGAAGCGAUGCUCAUAGCAAACCCCCGCCAAGCGAACCAGAAAUAUGAAUUCCGGAAACGGGUGCGAUUUGGGAUGAACAAGAAGCAUAUCAAGGGUCUGCUAGAGGAAUUAGACGAGUGCAACAAAGAGUUGGAGAGGUUUACGGAUCGGAGCGAGAAGCUUGAACCUUUCAGGAAGGCUUCCAAGCCCUCGUUUGCGAAGCACUUACAAAAGAUACAAUCGUAUGCCAAGAAUCUGCACCAAGUGCUGGUGCAGUCGUGGAGUUGUUCUUGCCGGUCUUCGCAUUGCACCAACCUGCAGCUGGAACGGCGCAUCUCGGGGGUUGCUUCGGGCAUUGUGAAGAAGAAGGGAGAUAUGAGUCGGGAUUUCUGCUUUACUGUGGCUUUCUCGAGUGACCCUGGGACAUGGCAGGAGGCUGAGAUCCAGAUCCAUGAGAAGGAGAUAGUAGACUCUUCGCCUGCUCCUUCUCCAUACAAGCCAAAGUUAAGCAAAGGAGUCAGCUGGUCCAGCAUGGUUAACCCACCUCCGCCAUACUCCGAAGACGCUGAACCUGGAUCUGUACCUGACGCCAAAACUUUACAAGAAAUCGAUGAUCUUUGCUCCGCUAUUCAAAAGUUUCAGAUCAGUGUCCCAUGUAUCGGAUUCUCCCUAGAUGAUAAAGGUAAGCUUCGCGGAGCUUAUCCAGUAACACCACGCAAAGAGAAGGCAGUAGGUGGGCAGGAACUCAUCACACUUGAGGAACUUCUGACACACCCGCCGGUGGUUAACGGCAGGCCGGCCAGGCUUACCAAGAGAGAAAGAUACAGCCUUGCUGUCACACUUGCAUCGUCGACACUCCAGCUCAAUGCAACACCCUGGUUCGACGAUCAGUGGAGUAAGAAAGACAUAGUGUUCCAUCGCAUCUCGGAUGGGAAUCGCCCAGUUGAUAUUGAGCAUCCUUACGUGACGCAGAACUUUCACGAGGCUCAAAACGGAGUUGUCGCACAAGGAAAACCACCAAAUCGAGCCUUUCACAACAAGAACACAAUCCUUCUAGCACUUGCGGUGGCGCUCUUGGAGCUCUACUUUGGCGUUUCGGCCGAGAAAUACCAAGAAGGUGAGCUUUUCCCAGCUGGCGGCCAAUCCAACCCAUGGACGAUAUGCGCGAUGGCCUACGAAUGGACAGAAGUCGAGAGAGAGAAUCUAUCCGCCGCGUUCCUCGCGGCAGUCACGCACUGCCUGCGAUGCUUCGGCGACCCUGGGAGUAGUCUCCAGGACCCUGUGUUUCUGCAAGCCGCAGUCGAAGGCAUCUUGCUGCCACUGCAAGACGAACUAGCGCAGUUUCUUGGGAAAAAUACUUCAUAA